GCUGCAUCAACAAGUGCAAUCAUCAAAAUACAGCAGAUUAUAAAGUGUCAGGUGAUUAAAUUCGAUAGUUUUCCAGGAAGAACCGUCAUAGUGAUGAGACCAAAUCUAGCAAUCAUAAUCUUAGCUCUAUCAAUUGAUCUGAUUUUAUUUCCUAACAAUUGUGUUGCUAAAUUCAUAUGCAGACCUUGUAAAAAUGAAAUGGAAUGUAAUAUGCCCCCACCAGUAAUGUGCGAAUAUGGAGAAGUAAGGAAUGCUUGCAAAAGAAGAGAAUGUGCUAAGGGUCCUGGGGAUAGAUGUGGAGGUCCAAUGAACAUUUUGGGACAAUGCGCAGAAAAUCUUAUGUGCCGUUCUGAUGAACUUUGCCAUGGUUGGUUUAUGGAUACCUUAGAAAACUAUGAAUGAUCCAGAAGGAACGGACGAUGACGAUACUACAAAAAUAUGUGAUAUUUAGAUGAAAAAUAUAUAUAUAU